AAUAUUUGUGGAAGAUAACGGCAGUUACUUUUCAUAAAGAAAAAGGAAGCAUGAGCUUUCACGCAAGCAAAACCACCACCAACUAACUUUCCAACCUCAAACUUCAAAUUUCUUCUUGUCUUCAAAAUCUUCCCCUAACUUCAACCCCAUAAAGUACAACUCUAACAUCGCAUGUCAGAGACUAAUCUACGGCGACGGAUGCCGGUCAAAGUCGGCCGGCGAUCUAGGCCUCCGCAUCCUUCGCCGUCACCGUCACCGUCACCGUCUCCGAGACGGAAGACAGCUUCUAAACAGUCCAAGCCUGUUAAGAUAUUGAAGCGAUGCAGUUCGGAGCCGAGUCUUUGGAGCAGUUCCAGCGAGGGCGAUGGAGAUGUCGCUGAUCAGAAACAAACGUGUUUUGGGCACGAAGGAGAAGGUAUUUUGUACAGGCCUCAGACUUGUACGGACGUUUUUGCAACGUCUAAUUUGAUGGCUUCAUCUCCCCAGAGUAAUUUUGAGAGAUUUAGCAAGGAGGCUAAAGUGGUUGUUAAUGUGACAGUGGAGGGAAGUUCGGGGCCAAUCAGGGCCAUGGUUAAAUUGGGAUCUAGUGUGGAUGAAACAAUCAAGCUUGUUGUAGAUAAGUAUAAUGAAGAAGGACGGACACCGAAGCUUAGUAGAGAUGAGACAUCCUCUUUUGAGUUGCAUCACUCUUAUUUCAGCCUUCAAAGCCUGAAUAAGUCAGAACUAGUAGGAGAUGUUGGUAGCAGAAGCUUCUAUCUUCGUAGAAGUAGCAGUAAUCGUAGUACAAAUUCAGAAGUUGUUCAAGGGAAUUCAGCCUCACCUCCACCAAUCCCACCACCGUCAUUCUUACUCACAUCUUUCAUGACUCGAAAACUAGCUAAAAUUGUAAGAAGAAUCCGUAAGUUUUGGAGGCUCGUGAUUUGCCAGCAGUGAUGAUAAUCAUUUGAGUAAAACAACAUUCUUAUCUCAGGUUUACUUCAACAAUAAUUGCCACUCCAGGUAUAGCUUUUUAUUUAUGCAGCUUCUGGAGUUAGCUAUGGACAUUGAAAUGAAAUCACAUUAAGCAAUCAGCACAGUUGAUGUUGUGAAUGUAGUUAGCUCAUACGUAUAACAGCUCUUGUAUAUAUAUAUACCCAUGAUUUAUCAUGUACUGUGUGUUGAAAAUCAAUGAAAUUCCAUGACACUUUCCUCUGUUUUAUCUCCA